AUGUUAUCCUCCAUCCUCCUAGUGUCGGCCAGUGCUGUGCUCACAACACAAUCACCUCUGCUAUCGAGCCUCGAAACACGACAGUUGACCGCACAAACCAUAACAGUAUCCGAGACGACACCAAGCGGCGCGAGCGAUAUUGUCGAUCAUGGGUACCCUGGAUUCGCCAUGAGCCAGCACUCGUUCCACGAAUAUGCCGGGAACGCUUCAUCACCAAACACUUUCUCAGCGAACCUCAUCCAAGAAGUGGCGAGUAGAACAGGGUCUAGCGUUCACAUCCGAGUAGGUGGAACAUCUGGAGACUUUUCGGUAUACAAUGCCACCCAGACAGUGGCACUUCAGCUACCACCGGGUGCGACGCCAGGCGGGAUCCCACGAGGCAUGCUACUGGGCCCUGUCUGGUUUCAAGGCUUCGCCAAUCUACCGGCGAAGUUCACAUACAUGGCACAUUUUGGCAACAACGGUGUCGGCCAGAAAGACAAUGCCGCGGCUGCAGCCCAGCAGGCGUUCAAGAACAUUGGCUCGAAUCUGGAUGCCCUCGAAGUCGGCAACGAAAUCGACUUCUAUCCAAGCGGCAACCGACCUGGAAACUAUAACAUGUCAACAUAUCUGUCAGAGUGGAAGGACUAUGCGACGGCGGUCAAGAAUGCCACUGGAUCAACCUUCAGCAUGCAAGCAGCUGGCUACUACUCACCGCUCAACACGUACUGGUCAACGCCAAAUACUUUCGGCGCCAAUGGCCAAGGCAGUGCCGACGCACAAGGCUUCAAUGUCGCGAGUAUGGCUCUGCAUCACUACAUGGAUGGCGGACCAGUACCCUCCAGCGCCCUCCAGUCGAACUACAUGAAUCACACGCGCAUAGCACAGCAGCUCGACACGUUCAAGCCAGCCGUCGCGUGGCUCAAGGCCAACAAGCCAAAUAUCCCGCUUCACCUCGCUGAAGUCAACAGCAACACAUACAGUUCAGGCAAUGGUGAUACCCUUGGCGUGUUUGGAAGUGCAUUGUGGCUGGCGGACUACAUGAUCUACGGCAUGACGCUGAAUUUCAAGCGCAUGAAUGUCCAGCAAUCUACGGGCUUCAGCUACACAUCGUGGAGAGGCGUCGACUACUUCGGGCUUCCAGCAGCCGUGCUCCCACCAUACUACGCGCAUCCGUUUGUCGCCGACAUUAUUGGGAGCACGGGCGACAUUCGGAUUGUGGACUUGAAGCUCGGUCAGGACAUGUUCUCCGGCUAUGCCGUCUACGAUGCUAGCACCAACAAGAUCAAGCGAAUCGUGCUGCUCAACUUGCAGACCUGGAAGACCACGAGCGGCACUACAAGGCCUUCGAAGGCGAUCACACUUUCUGUCGGCAGCACUUAUACUGCAUCGGUCAAGAUCGACAAGCUAACUGCGCCUGGAGCGGACACGGCGGAUUCGAGCAAGAUCUCAUGGAAGGGUGCGAGCUGGACUUAUGCCAGUAAUGGAAAGCCUGUACAAGGAGCGAGCACGUCGAUCAAUGUGCGAGGGAACAAGGGCAAGAUAGGCCCCAUCACCGUCAGAGCCAGUGAGGCUGUGGUGGUCAACUUAUGA